UGUGAAAAACAACCUAUAUAUACUGAUUAUUUCUCCUUACUCAUUCUGCAGUCGUGAAUUUCUCUUCUGCCGGCGGCACAAUGGUAUUUGUCAAAUCGCAGAAGUCUAGGGCAUACUUUAAGAGGUUUCAGGUCAAAUUCAAGAGAAGGAGACAGGGAAAGACUGAUUACAGGGCCAGAGUGCGCCUUAUUAAUCAGGACAAGAACAAAUACAACACACCAAAAUACCGUUUUGUUGUGCGAUUUACAAACAAGGAUAUUGUUGCACAAAUAACAUCAUCCAGCAUUGUUGGUGAUCAUGUUCUUGCUGCUGCUUAUUCCCAUGAGUUGCCUAAGUAUGGUCUUCCUGUAGGUCUCACCAAUUAUGCUGCUGCUUACUGUACUGGUCUUCUCUUGGCUCGUCGGGUUUUGAAGAAGCUUGAGAUGGAUGAUGAGUAUCAAGGAAAUGUUGAGGCUAGUGGUGAAGAUUUCUCUGUUGAGCCAGCUGAUAGCAGGAGACCCUUCCGGGCUCUACUUGAUGUUGGUUUGAUCAGGACCACAACAGGAAACAGAGUCUUUGGUGCUCUCAAGGGUGCUCUUGACGGUGGUCUCGAUAUUCCCCACAGUGACAAGAGGUUUGCUGGUUUCUCAAAGGAAUCAAAAAAUCUUGAUGCUGAUGUUCACCGCAAGUACAUUUAUGGUGGCCAUGUUUCAGCAUACAUGAAUACUUUGAAUGAAGAUGAACCUGAAAAGUACCAGACUCAUUUCAGCGAGUACAUCAAGAAUGGGAUUGAAGCUGAUGGAAUUGAAGAGCUGUACAAGAAAGUUCAUGCUGCCAUUCGCGCUGAACCGAUACAGAAGAAGUCUGAGAAACAGCCUCCUAAGGAACGCAAGAGGUUCAACUUGAAGAAGCUAACCUAUGAGGAGAGGAAGGCUAAGUUGAUUGAGCGUUUGAAUGCACUCAACAAUGCUGUUGAUUCCGAUGAUGAUGAGUAGAUUUGAUUGUUUGUUUGUUGGUUUAAUGUUUCUUUGUGAAGCGUUUUACUUGGAACUGUUUUUGUUUUUUGAAUUGUUAAGUACUGAGAUUUUGAUGGUUUGGUUAUUUAGUGUCUUUCAAGUACUGAAACAACAGUUUAUUUGUGUUUCUAAGUUAAAUGUUUUUUUCUGGUUAAAAAGUCUUUUAGGUUU